AUUCAACGGUCUGCCAAUUUCGUUCACAACCAUACCAUCUUUGUUCAAAAUUGGUCCUGAAGUUCGUUCGUUAUUUUUGCAGGACAGUCGUUGAUGUCUUUUUAUCUUUAUUUCGGAUUACCUGUUUGACUGGCUCUUGCAUCUUCUGCUUGCUACAGCCCUAGAUCAACCUGGUCGUAUACCGUAAUACCUGAACAACACUGCAACGCCUGCUUGCCAUCAGCUCAUCCGCGCUCUCUCUCCGCUUAAAAAGUCGCCCAUGACGUGCUGGCAAUAAUAUUCAACAAAUCCCCACCGCUCACAACCGCCCCCUCUCCGUCCAGAAGCGCAAAGAGUUCCGGGACGGUCGCGCACGAGCCGGACAUACCGCGCCGGCCUCGGCCUCAACGACAACGACGGUGACGAUGAUGGUGGACUUCUUCUUCGAGCGAGCCUUUGUGCUCGCGGCCACGGCGCGUUCGCAUGCCCAGGUCCUGCUAAUCAACUUGCAGAGCCACGGACAGCUGUCGUGGAUCGACGACGUCACCCAAUUCGCCGAUUCCGGCUACCUCCAGUUCCUUGUCCUCGUCCUCUCCGCCCUCUGGACCGCCUACCGCCUCCUCCGCUGCCGUACUAAACCGUUAUCGUCGUCGUCAUUAUCGUCAUCAACACGGCCCGGCAUCCGCGCCGCAGCCAUAAGAUGGCCCUGGGAACUCGCCGCCCAAUUCUCCCGCGCCGCUGCCGUGGCCUUCCUCGCCCUCGCCAGCGCCCGCGGCCAGACGCCCUGGCCUAACGCCUUGGCCGUAGGCUACGCCUUUGUUCUCGGCCUCUCGAGGCUCGUCAACGACCUGCAGUGGCGGCACGUCGCGCUGCACCAGGUCAACUUCGUCAUCUCGGCCGAGCUGCUGGUCCUGGCCGCCUCGUCCGUCCUGCCGUGUAUUGAAGCGUCGGCCGAGUGCGCCAUCGCGGCACCCGUCACUGGCGGUCUGGCGGGCUUGGCGGCUGCCUUCAUCGUCGCCAUCACCACGCCGCGGGAGUGGGUACCACCGUCGCUAACCCACGACGUGCCCGAGGGGUAUGAGGCCCGCGGGCCCGCGCCCGAGGAGACUUGCAGCUGGGCCACGUACUAUCUCACAUUUGAGUGGCUCACGCCGCUGAUGUGGAAGGGCGCCCGCAAGGAGAUUGCCCUCGACGACCUGCCCCGCCUGCCGUGGUAUGACGAGCCGCUGUUGCUGCUGGAGAAGAUCAAGAAGGCGAGAUUCAAGGGCGUGACGACCGCCUGGACCCUGUUCUACUUCUUGCGGAGCGAGGUGACGCUCAUGGCAUGCUACAUCUCCACGGCCUACGCCUGCGAGCUCAUUGCGCCUUAUGGCCUAUAUCAGCUGCUGGCGUACCUUGCGGAUCCCAAGGGCGCUCCGAUUCGUCCCUGGCUCUGGCUUCUUCUAAUGUUCUGCGGUCCCCUGUCUCGUUCCGUCUUGUUCCAGCAGUAUGUCUUCACGUCGACUCGCUUGGUUGUGCGUCUGAGGUCCGCCUUGACCCAGGAGCUGUACCACCGGGCCAUGGGUUCCAUGGAGCUUGAAGAGGACAUCUUCGCUCCCAAGGGAGACUCCGAGAAGGAGAAACAGAAGAAGGAUGGGAAGCCCGGCCAGUCCACGACCUCAGCCGGUCGCUUGGCCAACCUCAUGGCCGCCGACGUGCAGGCCAUCUUCGGCUCCCGAGACAUCGUCAUGGUGUCUAUGGGCGUGCCCACGGGCACCAUCAUCGCGUUCGUCGGGCUCUACAAGAUGCUCGGGUGGCCUGCCCUCGUGGGCACGGCGAUCCUGUUUCUUGCCGCGCCCCUGUCGGUCUUCGUGGCGCAACUAAUGGCCAGACAGACCAGAAAAGCGAGAAGAGCGCAGGACUCUCGCAUCUCGCUCGUGUCGGAGUACCUCGCCUCCAUUCGCGCCGUCAAGUACUUUGCAUGGGAGGACGCCAUCAUCAAGACCAUCGAGGAGGCGCGUGCAAACGAGCAGCGUGACCUGUGGCGCGUGUCGCUCAUCUACGUGACGCUUAACCAGAUCACCGCCCUCAUGCCCUACAUUGCCAUGAUAUCCAUGUUCACCCUCUACGUAGGCGUACGCAAGCAGCCCCUGACGGCGGCCACGGCAUUUACCACUACGUACCUCGUCAAGACCAUUCGCCGUAACGUCACACAGCUCGGCUUCCUUUCGAGGAACAUCACGAGUGCCAUGAUCGCCAUCGGCCGCCUGGAUCAGUACUUCCAAAGCACGACGCCGUUGGAGGAGUACCCCGAGGGGACCCUGCAGAUCCGGGACGCGACGUUCCGGCGGAACAAGACGGCCUCGUUCCAGCUCAAGGACAUCUCAAUCAACUUUGUAGAGGGCGGGCUGAACGUCGUGUCGGGCGCCAGCGGUAGCGGCAAGACGACUUUGUUGCUGGCGGUGCUGGGAGAGACGAUCAAGGAGAGCGGCACCAUCACCCGGCCCAAGGACGUUGCGUUUGCAUCACAGACGGCAUGGCUCCAGAACGAGAGCAUCAAGGAGAACAUCCUCUUCAACAGCCCCUUUGAAGCGGUGCGCUACGAUAACGUCGUCAAUGCGUGCUGUCUACCCGUCGACCUGAGAGAGAUGGACAACGGUGACCAGACCGUCGUUGGCGAGAACGGCGCCUCUCUGUCGGGAGGCCAGAAGGCGCGCGUGGCCCUGGCCAGGGCGCUGUACUCCAAGGCGCCGCUGCUCCUGCUUGACGACAUCUUCUCGGCUCUCGACGCCAAGACCGCCGCCUCACUCUGGGAGCGGUGUUUCUGCACUGACCUGUUGAAGGGCCGGACUGUUGUCCUGGUGGCGCAACAGCCGUGGGUUGCCGCGCAGGCCGACGUCGCCAUCACGCUCGAGAACGGUGCGAUCAAAGACUUCGAGCAGAACAUCGGCGUCGCCAGGCACCCUGUUGCCGUUGCCAACGACGUCGGAGGAGGCGAGAGUACCGACGUUUCUGACAACUCGGACACCGAGGUCGAAAUGCAGACGGAUCCUCUCAACGACCGGAGCAAGAUCGCGGACGACAAGGGGACCAAGGACGUGGUGGCGCAGGAGAUGAGGGCCAGCGGGAAGAGCGCCCGCUUGAUGUUCUUCAAGUACAUGACUUACUUCGGCGGCCCGUGGUACGCCGUCUUCUGCAUGGUCAUGAUGCUCAUCUCGCAGUUGGCCGUCAUGGGUGGUUCCCUCUGGCUCUCCGUUUGGGUCGAGGCGUACAGCAAGGACGUCGCCGUUGACAUCGCCUUCUACCUCGGCAUCUAUGCCGCCGUCACCGUCACCGAGUCGGUCCUCUACGCCGUCGUCUUCCUCGUGUUCGAGAAUGGCGCCUGGCACGCCGCCCGCAAGCUGCACAAUGACUUCAUCCGCGCCGUCAUGCGCGUCUCGCUGGCGUGGUACAAGAAGACACCCGUCGGCCGUAUCAUCAACCGCUUCUCGAGCGACAUGUCGUCGCUCGACCUGACCGUCAGCCCGCAGCUGCGCGCGUUCCUCGAGAGCAGCAUCUCGCUGGUGAUCCGCAUCUUCGCCAUCAGCUCCAUCAUGCCCAUCUUUAUGCUCCCCGCGGCCGUGACCUGCGCAGCCGGCAUCGUCGUGGGCGAGAUCUACACGCGUACCGCCGUGACCAUCAAGCGGUUGGUGGCGUCUGCGCAAUCGCCCAUUUUCUCGCAGUUCGCGGACACGCUGGCCGGGCUGUCCAUCAUCCGCGCGAGGAGUGGCAUGCCGCAGACGUUUGGCAACAACCUGGCGGAUAAGCUACGCGUCUGGUCGCGGGCAGCGGAGGCCAACUUCAACUGCAACCGAUGGGUGGCCAUGCGCGUAGAUGUGGUGACUGCCCUGGUAGGGCUGAGCGCGGGCAUCAUCGCUGUGUCCAAGGCCGGUGUCGUGGGUGCCGGCCUCGUGGGCUUCUCGCUCAACAACGCCACGGGAUUGAGUCAGACUAUCCUGCAACUGGUUCGUAGCAUGAACGAUCUCGAGGUCGAGCUGCAAAGCUUCGUUCGCAUCAAGGAGUACGCCGGCCUCGAGGCCGAGGAGAAGGCGGACGACUCGUACCCCGAAGAGGGCGAGUUUACCGACGACCCCUCGCACGUCGUGCCCCGAGACUGGCCAUCGACAGGCGAGAUCGAAUUCCGCAACGCAACGAUCCGAUACGACGAGGACGGACCCAACAUCCUCACGGACGUCAACCUCAAGUUCAAGGCCGGAGAGAGAGUUGCCAUCGUGGGCCGCACCGGCAGCGGCAAGUCUACGCUGGUUCUCUCCCUCCUACGUUUCACGCACAUCGUCUCGGGCCAGAUCCUGUACGACGGCAUCGACAUCACCAGGAUCCCGCGCCGCCGCCUCCGCGAGGCGCUGACCAUCAUCCCGCAGGAGGCGGUGCUCUUCAACGGCACGUUGCGGUCGAACCUCGACCCGACAGGCACGAUCGCGGCGCCGGUGCUCGAGAGGGCGCUCGAGUCGUGCCAGGGCAUCGCGUCGUUCCGGUACCACUCGGAGGCCGACGCCGACGCCGCCGAGGCGGCCGCGGCGGCCGUCGCGUUGGCGCCCGACGCCUCGGGCCUCGCGCUCUCGACGACGGUCAACGCCAAGGGGGAGAACUUCUCUCACGGGCAGCGCCAGGUGCUGUCCCUGUGCCGCGCGCUCGUCCGGGGCAGCCGUCUGAUGCUGCUGGACGAGGCGACGGCGAGCAUGGACUACGAGACGGACCGGGGCAUUCAGGCCGUGCUGCGGCGCGAGGUCGAUGACGAGCGCACGCUCGUGACCAUCGCCCACAGGCUCCGGACUAUCGCCGACUACGACACGGUGGUGGUCAUGGGCGCCGGGCGCGUCGUCGAGGCCGGGCGCCCGGCCGAGCUGUACAGGGCGCGGGGCGUGUUCUACGAGAUGGUGUACCACAGCGGCGAGAAGAGGGACCUGGAGCUGCUUUUUGGGGAUGUGAAGGAGUGAA